AUGCGGGAGCAGCAGCAUAUGAUUGAGCAGCUCACGAGCACCGGGCUCGUGCAGGUGGCGGACCUCCUUGAGUUCGGCUUCAGUCCCGCAGAGCUCUGCGCCGCGGGACUGCACCUUCCAUCGCCACAUCACCGCGCCGGCGAGCAGACCAAGGGUGGCGGGGGAGCCGCACAAGCCGAGGAGAUUGCAAAUGACAGCCAUGAGGAUUGCCGCCGCCCCCGCAGGGCACCUCGGAAGCGCGCCUGGCCCGAUUGUGCAGCACAAAUGCGACCGCAGACGAACGAUCGUGCGACACCAUCGCCUGCUGCCCGUGAAGUCUCCACAGCCGCGCUGCUCACUGUGGCAAAGCCUGGAGAGCCGAAGACGGCCGCAAAGGGUGUGAUGACGCCUACCUUGCUGUCGGAGAAUACGCGCGCACAGAGUCUGCGCACCGCGAAGCUUGUGGAGCAGACGCAGCACCUGCGGCAGCGCAGAGGUGCUCAGGAUUGCGCUCGGUGGCUGUGCUACGACGAUGCGGACGACGAGGAGGCGUCGAGCACCACACCAACAGGGGCGUCCUCGGGGGAGGCGACCGCGGCGGUAACCUCGACAGCGCACAAGCCGGCCAAGACGUGCUGCAACACGGCUCUUGACUUCAGCGGCCUGGACGUGGCUGUCGUGAAGGAGAUUGCGCAGCGGCUGCAGGAGGAGAGCAGCCAUGACGCUUACGUGGAGAGCUGCCGCAUGCGCGACUACUUCGAGUCCCGAGAGGACGGCAAUACUCCCUACAUGUGA